UCAGACAGGCGAUAGGAGCUUUUAUUUUGACAUGCUGUAUAUCGUCCUUGAAUUUCUGGGUAGAGUUAGAGCAGGGCUUCCGCGAGCGGACUGUGCGGGAUGGAAACGCGGUGUUUAUGUCUUUUACUGGUCUGUGUGCUGUCACUGAAUCACGCCACAGCCGACAAUGGCAGCGUUAAAAAGAUGAAAAUGCAAUAUACAGGAAUGCCACUGCUGAAGUUUCAGAUUUGUGUAUCCUGAGGGUACAGGCGGGUGUUUGAAGAGUACUCUCGGGUUCUCACCCAGAGGUACCCAGACAUCCGCAUCGAGGGAGAAAACUUCCUGCCACAGCCUAUAUACAGGCACACCGCUUCGUUCCUCUCGGUCUUCAAACUUGCAUUGAUUGGUUUAAUUAUCUUGGGAAAAGACCCUUUUACAUUUUUCCACAUGGAGACUCCAGGAAUCUGGCGUUGGGCACAAGAGAAUAAGAUAUAUGCCUGCAUGAUGGUGUUCUUCCUCAGCAACAUGAUUGAAAACCAGUGUAUGUCCACUGGUGCCUUUGAAAUCACACUUAAUGAUGUGCCUGUAUGGUCAAAGCUGCAGUCGGGCCACCUGCCCUCCAUGCAGCAGCUGGUGCAGAUUCUGGAGAAUGAGAUGAAGCUGAGUGCACACAUGGACUCUCUUCCACACAGACGGGCGUAGAGAUGUAUUAAAUAAACCGACUGGCUGUGGCUUGUGUGUGAUGCGAGGCGUUGGUGUGUGAGAUGGCAUUAAUGAAGGUUUGCACCGAACGCAGUGUGUCUGCUGGUGUAGACUGGAUGUCCAGCCCUCUCUCACUGCUCCAUGGGUCUCUCUAUAUCCACAGCCCUACAGUCCUCGGCUAAUAAUUAUGGAGGAAAUGGAAGGUUUCAUCUGCAGAUAUUCUGCUGUCAUCCACCAAUAAAAACACAUGCUGUUAAGUGGGUCAAGUUGGUGUUAAAUACAGUGUUUCCCUGUUUUGGGGUGCAUGCAGUAGACUGCUGUAUUAAUGAAUGAAAUCAGUUUUCAGAUUUGGAUUUUCAAACUCUUUGUAAUAUCUGCGGAACUACAGUUCUGUUGUUGAUUUUUCUCUCUCUCUCUCUCUCUCUACCCUUUCAUCUUUCUUCAUGUGAUCUUGUGCCAAUUUAUUAAUUCCACUGAUGUUUAUGCACAUUUUCAAUGGAUGUUUUAGACAACGGUAUUCGUUAGAAAUGUAUAACUAAAUAUGUACUUGUACUUUGAUUU